AUGUCCCUAGCUCGUGCUAUUCUCGUCACCAUCCAGGCUGUCUCCAACGGGUCAGUCUGCAGUCCCCCGAACCCCACCGCACCAAAGCAGAGAUAUCAUACUGAGGAGAUGUAUAUUCUUCAAAUCGCGCCUCUGAUAUUCAAGUGCCACCAAUUAAUUGUGUAUCUCUGUGCCGCAUUCGAAAUUCUUUAUUACAUCCGUGGCAUCCUCCCGAUACCAUCCCAACUUUCCCCAGUAGCCUCACUUAUAUGUCCCGCAUCUCCGGCUCCAGGUUCUACCUCCAUUCAAGUUACCCCUUCAUUCGUCCUCGGAGUUGUCGCAGUGGUGCUCGGGGCAUACAUCAGACUAGACUGCUUCAAGGCCCUCGGGCAUCUGUUUACGUUCGACCUCACUGUACACCCCGAACAUCGUCUCAUCACAAACCGCUUCUAUGCCUAUGUGAGGCACCCCGCCUAUACCGGUUCCCUCUUGCUCGUUUUUGGGCUAGCAUUCUCCCACCUCACUCGCGGAAGCUGGAUGACCGAGUGCGGCCCCCUUCGCAACGAACGCGCCGCGAUCAUCGUGUGGGCAGUGUGGUGGCUUUGGACAUUCUGCGUUGGAAUCAGUAGGGCCGAUGCGGAAGACAAAGAGAUGCGGAAGCUUUUCAGCGAAGAGUGGGAGGCAUACGCCGCCGCCGUUCCAUGGUGGUUCUUCCCGGGCCUCAUCUAA